AUACAAAAAAUAAUAAAAAAGAAUAAACCGAAUAAUAUUUAAUUUAUAAUCGUAAUGCCCGAACAGCUAAAGGAGCUGCAUUUUACAGUCUCCUGGACCCAUUCACAGUCGCAGUCACAGAUCCAGUUUAAUACCAAAUCCCUGAAAAAAAAACCAGAAGCUCAGUAUGUCAAUCCAUGUUGUAGCUUUUUGCGUUAUAACAAUAGCGUAACGUUAAAAAAAGAACUUGUAGAUGUACCUAUUUUUCAAAAACAUCUGUUUGAACAUCAGCAGAUCCAUAGGGAUAAGAUAUACAACGCGUGUCCCCACAAUAUUAAAUUAUUCGUUCCAGCACCUAUGGCGAGUAGUCGAAAUCAAGUCCCAAAAGCUUCAAAUAAUCAACAACCAGCUAUGCAUAGAAAGUCGAAGAGUAAAAGCAAGUUCAAAGAUUUUAGGACGCUUUCCCUUAAACAGUCACAUGAAGACAUUGAAAAUACUGCGGAUCACACAUUGUCCCUAGAAAAAGUAAAAGAUUUAUGUGCAGUAGCAUCAGUGAAAAUAGGCUUCAAUACAUCAAAGCAUUUUCCGGAAAUAAAAAAAGCUAAAAGGGACCCACUCUAUAAGAAAAGCAGACAAUUAAGCCACAACAAUAAGUAUUCUGCUUCUAAGUCUUCAGUUAUUCGGUAUAAAAUGUUAAUUCCAUUGCCUACAUUGGGUGCGACAUCAUUCGUAACUCUGCUCGCAUUAAUUUGUAUGGAAACUAUCUUGCUGUCCACCAUGUCCAGCUGCGCUAAAACUUUUUAUAUGCAUUGGAACACUUCAAAUAGCAUCUUUCGGAUUGAUAACACAGAUCACAUAAUCGACGUAAAUAAAGGCAAUCUCGCUUUUGAGUUUGAUCAGGUGCAUAUUAUAUGUCCAGUAUACGAACCAGGGACGUUUGACAACGAAACAGAAAAAUAUAUCAUUUACAAUGUAUCUAAAGUGGAGUACGAAACUUGUCGCAUAACAAAUGCAGAUCCGCGAGUAAUAGCAAUAUGUGAUAAACCUCAAAAACUAAUGUUUUUUACUAUUACUUUCCGGCCAUUUACACCGCAGCCAGGUGGAUUGGAAUUCUUACCUGGAAAUGACUAUUACUUUAUUUCAACUUCAUCCAAGGACGACCUUUACCGUCGAAUUGGUGGUCGUUGUUCCACAAAUAAUAUGAAAGUUGUAUUCAAAGUGUGCUGUGCCACUGAAGAAAAAAACAAAACUUCAACGACCAGCAAAACAGUUGUUACCACUAACAGUGCCAAUGUUGCUCCCAAUGAUGUUGGUCAUAAUAAUUUGUAUGGAAAAAGUAUGGGUCAAGGGAAUAAUAUUGGUAUAAGUGGUGUAAGCAGUGGCAUAGUGCCUCCUCCUUCUAUAUAUCCUCCUAAUGGCAACAGCGAUGUUAAUAUUAAUGGUAUUGGAACUAGUAUUAAUACAAAUCUUGAUAAGUUUAAUAGAAUUCCGAUUCAACCAAAUAUAAUUGGUAAUAAUAUUGGCACGAGCUCUGAUGGGGCAGCUAAUGUCGUAAGUAAUGGAGGAGUUUUGUCUGCACAUGGUCAUGGCAGCAUCAACAUGCUGCAACCAGGACGUGGUGGGAUAAACACACCUUAUCCAGGACAUCAUCACAUUCAAACUGGCAUCCGGAUAAAUAAUGUUCCCACUCAUCAUAAUUAUCCGACCCACAAAGGAAAUCCCAGCAGCAAUUCGAAUGAUGAUCAUCAUUAUGAGAAGCAUCCCAACGAGGUCGUUAAGAAUGAAGAAUUGACGUAUAACAGUGGAUCUUCAUCUCCAAAUUGCUGCAUCUACAGUACAUGUAUUCGGACAUUUUCCUGGCUAUCGAUAACUUUACCUUCAUUUUGCUGUAUGUUCGCGAAUUGGAUAAAUUCACCGUUAGCAUUAAGUAUGGCUACUGUGCUUGGAGUGCACUACAUAGCUGGUAAAGCAUUAAUUACACCACAAUUGUAUCGGUCACAUAAUAUUAUAUGCACUCCCUAUAUUAAUUAUUUUACAGUUUCCUCAACUGCCACAAACAUAUAUAACCUUUAAACUGUCAGGUGUUUUGUUUUAUCAUACCCAAUGUUUGUGUAUUAAUAACGCAAAUAUCGGGCAACAUUUUCUAAUUCAAGUUGGUAUUUGAUGUAGUGGGUGUUCUACUGACCAGGCUUAAAUCACAUAAUGGGUUUAAUAAUACUGAUUUAAACGUAUAUUUGCAAUCGAUCGAGUUAUUCCAACUUGAAAAUUUAGGAUAAUAGAUCAGAUAGAAGGAGAAAGGUGAAAUAGAUUUAAUAAACAAAAAAAUAAUAAAUAAAGCAUAUUUAAAAUUGAAAGCUAGAUGUAGGGAUCUAGUUAUAACUAAAUCAUAAAGGAAAACGGCUAAAGAUAUUGAAAAAAGUUUUAAUAAAGUACCACGGGCCAGGUAUAUACAGAACUAGCAAGAUAGCUAGUUAUACGCCGUAAAGUGCCUAGCCACUAGCCACUUAUCCGCUCGAUAUUUUUUCCUUUUGAUUUUUAAAGUCACUUUUUGGUGUUUGUGGGAAUCAGAAAGUUUAUCUUAAUCCAUCCGCUUAAUCCGCUGAAAUAAUGAAUGAGAACUUUAAUAUCUGAAACAAACUCGGACAUUCCCUUUUAAUAUCCUUAUAAGCCUUAAUAGGGCUAUAAGAAAAAAAAAAAGAUAAAUGUAACGUUUAAUUUCUCAUUGUGCAAGAAAUAGUACCGUGGGUAUUUUGACUGAAAUUAAUACUGAAUUAAUAAACACGCUUAUAAAAAAAGCGAAUAGAAAAUUAGUUUUUAAAAGCAUUACAAAUGAUUUUGCAAUGUUAAAUUUGCAAAGGCGAUUGUAAAAUGGUACUCUACGAUAAAGUAUCCGCGGAUAUAUUAAGUAUUCAUUUACAAUAUGUAUAUUUACAAUCAUGUUAGGUAUUUUGAAUAUGGUAAAGGUGAAAUUUAAAGAACUCGACUAAAAGUUUUAUGUUCUUUCUUGUUUUGUUUUUAUUUUACUUUUUUUGGUUAUAAGAUAUUUUGAGAUUUUUGUUUUAUAAAUACAUUUUAAAAAUAUUGUGAAGUAUGUCUUCGAGUUCGCAAAAAUUUUUAUGUAUAUACGAAUAGAACAGUAUACAUAUAUAAUUGUAUAAAAAACGUAUUUAGGUGAAACGUUAUAAACUUUGUAUAUUUAAUAUAAGCAACUCAAAAAAGAAAAUUAUUGUAAUAAAUGAAUAACAACAAACGAAAAGUAUAGCAUAUUGUGCUCCACAUAUGUGAAAUAAAUAAAUAAUUAUAUAUUUACAUAUAUAGGGAAGAAUUUAGAUGACAUUAUUGCGUUAUUAUAUACGCUUGUCUUCAUUUAGUCCGAUAAUUGAUUUUGUGUUCAUACUUCACAUAAAAAUUUUUUCAAAACUAGUUAAGAUUAAAAAUUCAUAAUGAAAGAGAAAAUAAAAACGAAAAUUCGUAAAA